AUGACUGCGUUUCUUUUACUAGAAAGCAGUCUUGUUAUGGUAGUUCCUUGGCUCAGUCUAAGUGAUCGUGUUGUGGUAAAUAGAAACUCUUCUUUUAAGAAGGUUUAUGGUGAAGAUGUUUGGCGCUAUAAUGCUUCAAAUCUUGAUCAUAGUGAUCUUAUCAAUGAUGCUAUGUCUUGUGAUGCUAGAGUUGUUGUGCCUGCUAUUAUUGAAGGUUGUAGUGAGUUGUUUGAUGGUGUUAAAUCCAUGGUGGAUGUUGAUGGUGGGAAUGGUACCACCUUGAACAUCCUUGUUAAGGUUUUUUCUGAGAUUCAAGGUAUCAAUUUUGAUCUUGCUCAUGUUAUUGAUGUGGCUCCUAAGUGUGAUGGGGUGGAACAUGUGGCUGGCAAUAUUUUUACAAGUGUUUUUAAAGUUGCGAUUGUAUUUCUUAAGAUAUAUUAUUAUGUUUAA